CUGAUGGCUGGCUGUAAAUACCUUUGGUUGUCAGGAAGUGAACUAGUGUGUGUGCCAACUGGAAAAUUAAGGGACAUAACAUCUUCACAUCUAAAAUAACCGAACGAAAUAAUCGUGCCUUUGAGGAAAACUGGAACAUAUCAGCUUUGGACAUGGAGAAGAAGCRUGGAAGGAGUCAAGCAUGGGGGAAGUUAGUAAAAGUGGACACUCAAUCUGAAGUAUUGCUUGUCAACAGGGAAUGCACUGUCGGGCGAAGAAAAGGCUGUGAUCUUUCCUUUCCUGCUAACAAACUGGUCUCAGGGGAUCACUGUAAGAUAGUGCAAGAUAAGAGCUCAGGGUUGGUGUGGCUAGAGGACACAAGCACCAAUGGUACAGUGAUUAACAUGUCUAAGCUGGUGAAGAAGCAGAUUCAUAUGCUGCAGAAUGGAGACGUCAUCUACUUUGUAUACAGGAAAAACGAACCAGAGCAAAACAUUGCCUACAUGUAUCAGUCCAUAAAACCAGAGAGGACAUUCUCACAAGACACAAUUGGUGGUGCCACCAGAUGCUCAGUAAUGCAGCAGAAAGCCCAGACCUGCCCUGUUACAGCAGCAGUAUGUGUGUCUGUGGAGCCAUUCCUUGUUGGACUUUCACGGGAGCAGCAGGCCGUGGACGAACCCCAGCCCUCCACCUCCUCCCACCUCCUCCACACAGUCUCCUCCUCUACAGCCUGUUCCUCUGCAGCCUCCCUCCUGCACUCCUCUGCCUUAGACACACGACAGACUGAAGCCCAGAACCGAGUCACAAUGUUGUAUAAGGAGGAGGAGGGGGACAUGGAGCCAGAGAGAAAAAGGAGGAAAACUGACAGUGCUGACAAGGACUAUGAUUUUGGACUGCCACAUACUUCCAGUAUUGCGGUGGUCGGCCCCAGCCCAGCUAAGGUUUCUCUUAUCAGGGAUCUGUUGGGAAAAGCUGCUGUGGCUGUGACUGUGGAAGAAGCCAAGACUGACAAGAUGGAGGAGUCCCUCACCUGUAUCAUCUGUCAGGACCUACUUCAUGACUGUGUCAGCCUGCAGCCCUGUAUGCACACCUUCUGUGCUGCAUGUUACUCUGGCUGGAUGGAGCGCUCGUCUCUCUGCCCCACCUGCCGUUGCCCUGUAGAGAGGAUCCGCAAGAACCACAUCCUCAACAACCUGGUGGAGGCCUACUUUAUCCAACACCCAGAGAAGUGUCGCAGUGAGGAGGACCUGAAGAGCAUGGACAGCCGGAACAAGAUAACUCGGGACAUGCUGCAGCCAAAGAUUGAGCGUUCCUUCUCUGAUGAAGAGGGCAGCUCUGAUUAUCUCUUUGAGCUCUCCGACAACGACAGUGACACCUCCGAUAUCGGCCAGCCCGUUGUGAUGUGCAGACAGUGUCCAGGCUACAGGAAGGAGGUCAGCCAGGUACUGUGGGCCACAGGGCCAGACCCUCUAGGACCAGCCCCACCAGCUCUUCUAGGACCAGUCCUACCAGCCUUUCAAGGACCAGCCCCACCAGCUCUUCUAGGACCAGUCCUACCAGCCCCUCAAGGACCAGCCCCACCAGUUCUUCUAGGACCAGUCCUACCAGCCCCUCUAGGACCAGCCCCGCCAGCUCUUCUAGGACCAGCCCCGCCAGCUCUCCCUACAGCCCCUCUAGGACCAGCCCCACCAGCUCUUCUAGGACCAGUCCUACCAGCCCCUCUAGGACCAGCCCUACCAGCUCUUCUAGGACCAGUYCUACCAGCCCCUCUAGGACCAGCUCCACCAACUCCUGAGGACAGGCCAGGGAAACCCCCUGGGGCUGGGGAAUCAACAUUAUCAACAUGCUCUGAUGUCCCCACUACAGCUCCUCAGGAUUACACCUGUCCUCCUCUGGGCAGCCAUGUCAUCUGCACCUGCUGCCUGCAGCCCAUGCCAGACCGCCGCGCCGAGCUCAUUGGCCAGCAACUCUCCGCUCAGCAAUGUGUGGCGUGCCUGCGGCCCUUCUGUCACAUGUACUGGGGCUGCCAGAGGAUCGGCUGUCAGGGCUGCCUCGCACGUUUCAGUGAACUCAACCUUACAGACAAAUGCCUGGACGGUGUUCUGAACAGCAAUAACUAUGAAUCAGAGAUCCUCCAGAGUUACUUGUCAGCCAGAGGGAUGUCGUGGAGGGACAUGCUACAGGAGGGUCUUCAGGGCCUGCAACAGGGAACCUUCUAUCUGUCUGAUUAUCGCAUCAACAGUAACGCCAUACUCUGUUUCUGCUGUGGCCUGCGAGCCUUCGGGGAGCUGGCCUACAAAUACAGACAGAACAUCCCUGCCUCGGCGCUUCCUGCUGUUGUGACGUCUCGGCCAGACUGUUAUUGGGGACGCAACUGCCGUACUCAAGUCAAGGCACACCAUGCCACGAAAUUCAACCACAUAUGUGAGCAGACCCGUUUCAAGAGCUGAAGAGCCUCGUAGGUGACCUGCUAUGCAAGGCUCUCCUGCUAUGCAAGGCUCUCCUGCGAACACUGGCGCGUACACAGACUUCCAAGGAUCUCCUGUAUUACUCUCAUAUGUACAGUGAUCAUUUUACUCCCUUAUUAAGCAGCGCCUUGCCGUGAGGAAAGGUAUCUCUUAGGUAAUAUAACUUGUAGUUCUCUCACAGGCUUUGUAGGCUUAUGUAUUUGAUGAUAUGCUGAAAUUACAAUCACACUCUUUUUGCUAGGUCAUGAUUAGCCAGCCUAGUGUUAUAGGUAUAGUAGGGGUGAGUGGGAUAAUGCUAUGCACUCCACACAGUAAGAGCGGAUUCCCCUAUAUGAUGAUGACAGACUUAUAUCUUAUGUGGAAUAUGAUCAUCAUCGCCCUUCAUUCCAGUAUCAUGUCCUUUUGGGUGAGGGAUAUAUUUWAAAAAAUCUACUGAAGACCGUUGGCAAUCAAAAUGGACUUUGGCCAUACAUGUGCCACACAGGAUGCAAUGCCAUCUUUUGUGACAGUUUAAGGAUCAUAUUGAUAUUAGUAAGAUGUUGAUACUUUUCCUAUUUCUGUGUUUCUGAGUAAUUAACUGAGUAGUUAACUGUUUUCCUUUCUCUUAACUUGUGGUCUAGUACUUUAGAUAUCUUGGAGAAUUAUUUAUUUGAAUUAGAAUCUAGAGCUUCCUACUCAACUGCUUACUGUGGUGUUCUAAACAUCUAGUAGUAUUCAUAUGUUGGUUAUAGAAACUUCCCCCAAACAAACUAGGUUGAAGCACAGCUAUGUUAUCAAAAGACUUAUCCAUAUACAGACUUUGAGGUUUCUUGUGGUUCAUAUAUAUGGAUGACAGAUUCAGUGGCACCAUUUUGAAUUCAGACUGUUGCUGCUUCUGCAUAUUAAUAAGACUGCUAACUGAAAAGACAAGUGUAAUGGGAAAGGGAGUUGUACUUAGUUUUGGGAAAAGGGGGAUUUCUGCUAGUUUGAUGUGGAUUUCCCAACAAGGG